UUAGAUCUGCUCAUUUGGGCUUGAAAAGGUCCGGGCCAGCUGACGAUAUCAUGCUGCUGAUUCUCGGUCAAUGCCUCAAUGGUGUUUAUCUUCCCCAAUCCUAAUCGAUAUCGCCAUUCCAGCUCCCAAGCAUCUGCUGCGACUCAUCCGUGAGAGAAGGCGUCUGCUUUCUUACACUGUUCGACCCCUUUCUGCUCUGCGCUACUGGGUUUUCUACUCGCCGGGUGCUUCAAUCCGGCAAGCUGCUGGUUCUUCGCCAAUGUUUUCUUUCUAACUCGCCGGGAGCUUCAACUGGCAACUAGCUGUGUUCUUCGCCGAGGUAAAACAUAGCAAAAGUUGCUGACUUUGACUCAAUUUACAUUCCAUUGAACGUGAAUCUGCAGAAUUGUCAUUCUAGAUUAGCAAAUUCGAUUAGAAAGUCUGUAGUAGUGUUCAUAGGCAGUUUUCGGUUUUGGCCGAUCUCUUUGACCUUUCUGGAUUCUCUGAAUUGGGGUUCUGUGAUUUUGGAUUCAACAUAUCUGUUUUAUCUUAAAGCUUUGAAAUUUCUGGGGAAAUCCUCACAGAGUACUCGCAGGUUCUAGCUUUCAUAUAGUACUCAAAUUGGAAUCUAUGGCUGCUGUGGAACUAAAGACUGAGAAUGGCGAUGCUAAAGCUGUGGGGAAUGCAACAACAUCAUCGGUUAAUGUAAGGGUAUUGUUCUUUGCCAGAGCUCGAGACCUAACUGGCACGGCAGAUACUUUGUUGGAGGUGACAUCGGGCAGUACAGCAGGGGACUGCUUGAAAGAAGUCAUAGAUAGAUUUCCCGCAUUGGAAGAGAUCAGAGAAUGCAUGGUGCUCGCUCUGAAUGAGGAGUACACAUCUGAUUCUGCAGUCGUCAAAGAGAAUGAUGAGCUGGCUAUCAUACCUCCCAUCAGUGGUGGCUAGCUAGGUAGAUUCCCCCUUCCACAUUGCAGAUUUCCUCAUCUAAGAUAUCUGAAUUUUUGUACCAGCAUGCGUUCAAUACUCUUUGUAUGAUCAAGUCUCUGGCACAAAAGAUGUUCAAGUUUCAAGUUCUGCAUGACGGUGUAAAAACUAAAAACUUGUGCAAAAUGAGUAGCCAUUGAACUUCUACAUUCUCACUAUGUGGUGCAAAAGUGAGGGUGUGCCCUAUUUCACACAUAAUGAAGAUGAGAGGUGUAUCUAAUGAAAAUAGUUUCAAAAUUGCAGUUCAUGAGGGUUUUUAUUUCGAAUCAAGUUUCUUGUCACGUUAGGUGACAAGAACACCUAAUUCACGCAUUUUUUUCAUUUAUUCACGCCAUAUUUUCGUUAUUCACGCCAUAUUGACAUUAUUCACGUAAGAGUGUUGCUUAUUCACGCAACCAAUAUUGUUUAGUCACGCAACCUGGUGUCGAUUCACGCAUAUUGUUAUUUAUUCACGCCAUUGUCAAAUUAAAUUUUAGACGUUAAAGUAUAUCAAAAUGGAUGUCAUUGGGUAGAUUAUGAUCAAUGCGACAUAUUUUUACAGACUAAUUGAGAAUUCAAAUUUAAUUCCAUAAAAUAUAGCCAAUACAAAUUAUUAGGGGGAAAAAGUCUGAAUUUUUAUUUACGUGAAUAACUUACACUCUUACGUGAAUAAACAUAGUAUUACGUGAAUACACACAAAAUGACGUGAAUGAGUAUAAAAAUACGUGAAUAAAUUAGCAUUAGGUGUUUUGGCACCUAACGUGACAAGAGAAGUUUUCCUUUUAUUUCAUUCCAUUUAUGGGUGUAUACAGUAGAAUGCUAUCUGCAUUUAAACACACCAUCUAGGCAUCUACAAUGUCUUCUGUAAUAUUGCCAAUUAUUUUCAAAGAAUUCUCAAGGGAACUUAUGGGCUAUGGCUAUUUAUACAAGAAUUGGGCUAAUCUACCAUAAAUCAAUAUUAUAGAUAGAGGGGUAGUUGGAUCGAAUUCAUAGAUUCAUUGGUGGGAUCAAAUUGAUUCAUGAAGUUUUGGAUUGGAUCCAAUGAAUUGUGCACUCUAAAUAUUUAAAUCCACUUUUGGUCACUAACUUUGCAAAAACCGUUCAUUUAUGGUCACUCUCCGUUGGCUGCCGUCCAACGCCGUUAACGGCGUCCGUUAAGUGAUGACGUGGCUGACUGAUUUGCCUAAUCAGCACUUUUUAACCCCAAAAUUGACUGACCUGACCCGCCACGUCAUUUAAACCCUCCAUGUCAGCUAAACCUAACCAAACCUCUAACCAAACCAGACCAGACCCACUAACUAAAACACCCAGACCCACUAACUAGUUUUACCCUAUCCGAUUAGGCCGGAUUCGGGUGGAUAUCCACAGUUACGGAUAUUUUUGACAUCCCUACCUGACCUUUGAGAUAGAAGGAGCAAAACUAAACUAGUAUUGAGACAAUGAAGCCAAAGUUACACAUCUUCAACGGUCAACAUCUAAGCUUCUCCCUUCUCAUGAACUCCAACUCAAUGCAACCAUGUAGCUUAGGCAAUUAGGUUAUCAUUGUUCACCAGGAUAGGCAUGCCAUGCCAGGCUAGCCUUCUACAUGAUAUAUGAUCUUCACCAAACUCUACGGGGUCGUUUGGUUUUGGUGAUUGUUUGAUUGGGAUAGUUACAAUGCAUGCAUUGUCCACAAUGUAUUGUUUUUUUGAAUUUUCUGCACAAACAAUAUGUGCAUUGUUUGCUUGAAAUGACACAAACUAUCACUCAAAAUGAGUGAUAGUUAAAUCUCAAGUUUUUGGUGAGAUUGUUGAGAUUAUUUUAUUGGGAUUGUUGAGUCUUUGUUUCUUCCAACUAUGUCCCUACCUUUUUAUGUGUUGUUGCUUUCUUAUAUAAAAAGCAAAGGGUAAAAGUGACAUUUCAUCCCAAAGAUAAUAUAACUUAUUUAAAUAC